UCCUAACCCUUGGGAAAAUCCUCAAUGCUACUAAACACGAUCAAUAUCAUGCAAAACAUUGGUGAUUCUCUCAAUUGUGGGGUAUUGAGAACCUACAUAGGCGGGUAGGUAGAUAUCGAGGAGGUAGAACGGGAUCAGGUACGGCUCGCUUAGCACCUCGGAAGCUUUGUCUUAUGCAACCGAGUAAAGUGAUGAAACGGUAUCUGCGUAUGCAGAGGAGAGCUGAUAGCGAGGCAGUGAGCGUUAAUAUAAAGUCGUUUGCUUCUGUGCAGGUUGCAUCGUGAUCUUUGUGUUCCCAACUCUAUCUCGAUACACACACCACCAAAAGCUGCGUUCAAGAAUGGAGGUCCUCCAACGUGUUCUUCCCACAGGAUUACCUGUAUCCAUCCAGGUGAUCGCUGCAACCAUAGUUCUUGGCAUUGUCUAUUCACUCGUUACCGCAGAGAGACCGUUUACUGGAUUUCCAGUGGUAUCAUUCGAUGGAAAAAGCCCCGCAGAAAGUUGGAUGUUCCAUGGCAAAGAAACACUAGAAGAGGGAUUGCGACGGUUCUCCGGCCCAUUCCAAGUCAUCACAGGAACCGGUCCAAAGAUCGUUUUGCCUAAUAAAUUCGCCGACGAUAUUCGCAGUCAUCCUUCUCUGGAUUUCAAUAGAGCCUUUGCCAAGGAUUUUCUGGUACACUAUCCAGGCUUCGAUGGCUUCCGCGUCGGCUUAAGCGGUGACGAAUUAAUCCAAGAGACUGUACGAGUGAAACUAACUCAGUCUCUCGGCCUGAUCACGGAAGAUCUCGUGGAUGAGACGACAGACGCGCUGCACGUUGUCCUUGGUGAGAGUAAGGAAUGGACUACUAGGUUCAUUCGGGAUGAUGCACUCGAAAUUGUCGCCCGACUUUCGUCUCGAGUGUUUUUAGGAAGCGGGAUAUGCCGUAACCGAAGGUGGCUUGACAUCGCGAAGUCUUACACCAUCGAUUCAUUCGUGACGACACGUAUUUUGCGAGCUGUUCCAUCGUUCGUGCGCCCUAUUGCUUUUCUGUUGCUACCACAAAGCAGAACUCUGAGGAAGGCCGUCCGGGAUGCACGUGAUCUCAUCGAUCCCGAGGUGGAACGACGUAAGGCUGCCGUCGACGCAGCUAAAGCAGCAGGGUUGAAACCGCCAAAAGUUGCGGACACGAUCGGUUGGAUGUACGAGAUUGCCAGAGGCAGAAAAAAGGACUUUGUCGCUGGACAGCUUUCGCUAACAACUGCUGCUAUUCACACGACCACGGAGACAAGCUGCUCGGCACUGCUUGACAUCUGUGAAUACCCUGAAGUUGCUCAGCAACUUCGAGAAGAGAUCAUUCAGGUUAUUGGCGAACACGGUUGGGCUAAGACUUCGUUAUCUAAGCUCAAGCUAAUGGACAGCUUUUUGAAGGAGGGACAGCGAGUCCGCCCGAUGAGUAGUUCUACGAUGCAUCGAUACGUGGAGAAGAAGGUGGAGAUUUCCGACGGCACGACGUUACCACAAGGAUCACGGGUGGUAAUUGCUUCCAACUUCAUGGACCCGACCAUAUAUCCCGAGCCGGAGAAGUUCGAUGCCGCUCGAUUCCUGAAGAUGAGACAACAGCCUGGCCAAGAGAAUAAUUGGCAAUUUGUUACGACUAGUCCAUCUUAUACUCUGUUCGGACAUGGACAACACGCUUGUCCGGGUCGAUUUUUUGCGGCAAAUGAGGUGAAGAUUGCGUUGUGCCACCUACUGCUCAAAUACGAUUGGAGAUUUGUUCCAGGCGAGGGUAGGCCGGCACCGACAAAUUUCGAGGGUGUUAACGGUGUUGAUCAGAAAUCGAGGGUCCAAAUUAGGCGAAGGCAAGCAGAAAUUGACCUCGAUCUAUCGCCAAAUUGACCUGACGAAUUGUUUUACAUUGUACCUAGGUAGGUAGUAGGUUGUUAGCUGUUGAUGUAUUUUAAAGUCUUAGACUAUUCC